CACCUCUUUCAAGCCACUCCUCUUUCUGGAAUGAAGCAAAACCUGAAACCACUCCCUGUCCCUGCCUUGGUCAUCAGUUAUAUUCCCAAACUCUAUGAUAUGCGUUAUCAGUGAGAGAGGACAUGGCGAAGCAAGGAGAUCAGCUCGACCGAGAAAAACUCUGCUGUUCAAUCUGUCUGGAUCUACUGACGGAUCCAGUGACUAUUCCCUGUGGACACAGCUACUGUAAGAGCUGUAUCAAACUCCGCUGGGAUGAAGAGGAAAAGGACGACAUCCUCAGCUGUCCUCAGUGCAGACAGAUCUUUAAAAUGAGGCCUGCUCUCGUGAAAAACAUUGUGUUGACAGAUUUAGUGGAGGAACUGAAGAAGACUGGACUCCAAGCUGCUCCAGCUGAUCACUGCUACGCCGGACCUGGAGAUGUGGCCUGUGAUUUCUGCACUGGGAGAAAGCGAAAGGCUUCUAAAUCCUGUCUGCAGUGUCUGGUCUCUUAUUGUGAGCAGCACCUCCAGCCUCACUAUGAGGUUGCUCCGUUAAAGAAGCACAAGCUGCUAAAACCAUCUGCAAAUAUUCAAGAGAACAUUUGCUCUCGUCACAAUGAGGUGAUGAAGAUUUUCUGCCUCACUGAUCAACAGUGUAUCUGUUAUCUCUGCUCCAUGGAUGAACAUAAAGGCCACAACACAGUCUCUGCUGAAGCAGAAAUGAUAAACAAGAAGAAAGAGCUCGGCCUGAGUCGGCAAAAAAUCCAACGAAGAAUCCGGGACCAAGAGAAUCACGUGAAGAUGCUUCAGCAGGAGGUGGUGGCUAUAAAUUGCUCUGCAGAUAAAGCAGUGACAAACACUGAGAAGUUGUCCACUGACUUGGUCAAUGUCAUCGUGAGAGGAAGCACUGCUGUGAAGCGUAAGAUCAGGUCCCAGCAGUUCACUGAAGUGAGUCGGGCCAAAAAGCUUAAAGAGAAGUUGGAGCAGGAGCUCGUUGAACUGAGAAGGAAAGACACUGAGUUGGAGAAACUCUCACACACAGAGGAUCAAAUCCAGUUUCUUCACAAUUACGUCUCGUUGCCACCCCUCAGCAAAUGUACCUUAUGUCCCCUACCUAGCUCCAAUACUCAUCCUCUGCAAUAUUUUGAGAACGUUUCAAAAGCUGUAUCGGAGGCCGGAGGCAAACUAACAGGAACAUCCACUGAGGAAUGGAACAAGAUCUCAAUGACAGUAACUGAAGUGGAUGUUUUGCUGCCUCAAGACCCAAAGACCAGAGCUGAACUUUCACAAUAUGCAGUUCAGAGGAAUCAGCUCACACUGAAUCCAAACACAGCAAACACACGACUGGUAUUAUCUGAAGAGAACAGAAAAGCCACAUCAGUGAAAGACACACAGUCAUAUAUUGGUCACCCAGAGAGAUUCAUGUACAAUGCUCAGGUUCUAAGUAGACAACAGCUGACUGGACGUUGUUAUUGGGAAGUACAGUGGAGUGGACUGGGAGUCUCAGUAGCAGUUGCAUACAAGGACAUUGCCAGAACCGGAAAGGAAAGUGUAUUUGGAGACAAUGAGAAGUCCUGGGUAUUGGAGUGCUGCUCCAAUGGCAACUAUAACUUCAAACACAAAGGCAAUAGAAAAACCAUACGAGGCCGUCAGUCCUUCAGAGUUGGAGUGUUCCUGGAUCACAGAGCAGGUAUUCUGUCUUUCUAUGAAAUAUCUGAAACUGUUACUGUCCUCCACAGAGUCCAGACUACAUUCACCCAACCACUCUAUGCUGGACUUGGCAUUUGUUAUUUUGGAUCUACAGCUGAGUUGUGUGAAGUUAGGAGAGACAUCAAGAGUUAGAGGAUUUUCCUCAGCAAACAACAGCUGUUUAGAUAAAUGGUUGACUCACUGUUGUGACAGCUGGUGUAACCUAUUGUGUGGUGUAUUUACUGUAGUUCUCUUUAUUGUUCCAUAUUUGGUUUGUCUUCUCCACGAUUUGAAAAUUAGUCGACACUGUAAGCUUUCUUUUUUGUUGCUGUUUUAAUCACUAUUUUGCUUCAUUAAUAGUGAGGUAAUUUUCCUCCACAAUGCUAACAUACUUCUUGUGUAUAUAAUGAAUAUGUAAAUGGAAAAACUAAAUUUCUCAGUAGUUUUCCUCUUUGUUGUAUAUUUCUAUUAUUGCUGUUAUAUUACUGCAUGACCCUUAAUAUAACAAGAAAUCCAUUUAUCACUGGUGAAGAGUUGAUUGAAUGUUUUAAUUCCUGUCUUUUUAUAAAUGUCUUUGGGAAAGUGCAGUAAAGAUGUGGCAGUUAUUUUUGCUAAUCAAUAGGUGGAGUAAUGUUUAUCUUCUUCCUGACAUACUGGUUUAAUUGUACAUUUGUUGAUGGACAAAUUGAGUCUUGUAAUGAGAUUUCAGACACUGUCUUUGCAAUGGAUGCUGUAUAAACCCAAUAAAACAUUCUACAUCACA